UUGUGUUUGGUUUUAGGUGAUGGAUCAAUCUCUGGGCUCCAACAAAAUGGCAUAUUUGAAGGAAGUACGAGAAAGAGAAAGAGCUGGUGGAGCCGCCGCCAUACUAGCCAUUGCCACCGCAACUCCACCCAACUGCAUUCACCAAGAUGACUUCCCCGAUUAUUACUUCCGAAUCGCCAACAGUGAUCACAUGACUCAACUCAAGGCCAAGUUCAAGCGCAUAUGUGAAAAGUCCAUGGUGAAGACACGAUACACACACCUCACUGAACAAAUCUUGAACGAGAACCCCGAGUUUGCAAGUUACAGAGCAUCCUUGGAUGCACGACAGGACAUACUAAUCAAGGAAAUUCCGAAGCUUGGGGAGAAGGCGGCGUCCAAAGCCAUCGAAGAAUGGGGAAGAGACAAGUCCCACAUCACUCACCUCGUCUUCUGCUCCUACGCGGGUAUGGACAUGCCAGGUGCUGACUACCAACUUCUCAAGCUCUUGGGCCUCAAACCAUCCACCAAAAGAUUCAUGUUAUACCACCAAGGUUGCUACGCCGGCGGCGCCGCACUUCGUCUAGCUAAAGACCUAGCCGAGAACAACGUUGGAGCACGUGUUCUGGUGGUGUGUUCCGAGAUCACGGUUGCCGGAUUUCGUGGACCCUCCGAAACCGACGUGGAGUUGUUGGUGGGACUGGCACUCUUCGGUGACGGUGCUUCAUCUGCCAUCGUUGGAUCCGACCCAGAAACAUCCACGGAACGGCCCUUGUUUCACAUUGUGUCGGCAUCGCAGACAAUAUUACCGAACUCGGAGGGUGCCAUGGAGAUACACCUGCGCGAGAUGGGACUGACAUUCCAUCUGAAGGACAGUGUUCCGAUGCUAAUCGGAGACAACGUGGAGAAAAUGUUGGAAGAAAGCUUGAAGGCAGUGAUCGGGGUGAGUGAUUGGAACUCGUUGUUCUGGGUGGUGCACCCUGGUGGUCCUGCAAUCUUGAACCAGAUAGAGGAGAAAGCUAGGUUGAACCCUAACAAACUGAAAGCUUCUAGAAAGGUUUUGAGUGAGUAUGGGAACAUGUCGAGUGCAUGUGUGUUGUUUGUGCUUGAUGAGAUGAGAAGGAAGUCUGUGACGGAAGGAAAAGGCACAACUGGUGAAGGAUUUGAAUGGGGCGUUUUGCUAGGGUUUGGCCCUGGAUUGACCCUCGAGACCAUUGUUUUGCACAGUGCCAUUGUAGACUCAGCUUCUGGUUAUGGAGUUUCCCGCCAUUUUCCAAAGCUGCUGCAUAUGUGAACCAUUU